GCGGGUGACCUGUUCACCAUGAGCCCCCGGCACUGUGCGCGCGGCUGCCUCCCCAUCACGCUGCUCCAGCUGUUCCUGCUCCAGCUGCCGCCGCCGCUCGCACCUUGGCGCGUCGCGGAGCUCGCGGUGGCGGCGGAAUACUCCACCAAAACCGACUUGGACUACGAGUUCGGGGACUACCGGGGGAAGUGGUGCAUCGACGACCACGGUUUCGUCUACGGAAUUGGAGAGGUCUAUUACCCGAGCCCCUCGGCGUGUCCGUGCACGUGCACCGCGGACGGUCCGGUGUGCGUCCGACCCAAGUGUCCCCGCAUCCACCCCCGGUGCACGCGGAUCAGAUAUAAAGCGUGCUGUCCGGUGUGCGACGCUUUGGCCAGGGUCUGUGUCUACGGGGGCAAAACUUACCGGCUCCUCGAGGAAUUCAGGUUGUCCAGGUGUGAGUGGUGUCGCUGCGAGGCCAACAGAGAGGUGUACUGCAGCAUCUCAGACUGCCCCGCCCCCCACUGCGUCAACCCCACCUACGAACCCAACCAUUGCUGCCCCAUCUGUAAGACUGGUCCCAACUGCUUUGCUGGGAGCAGGGUGAUCCCAGCAGGGGAGCGUGUCAACAUUGACCGGCAAACAGUUUGCUACUGCACCUACAGGGACGGGACGUGGCACACCCACCCCCACGCCACCUGCGAGCAGCAGUCCCAGCCCAGCCCAUCGCCUGAUGCCCGCACUAAGCUCUCCAGGGACGAGGAAACCAGGGGGAAAGGCGUGAGACCGUUUAUUCCCAGACUGGAUGCGAUUCCAUGAAGUGGACUGUAAAAUGUUCAAUGUGUUCAGAGAGCCGCUCUGCAGGUACAAUCAAACUCUUAUCUGUUAGUAUCAGAAGCGAUCACUGGGCAUCAGUAUAGCAAUAAUCAACCUGCACAUUUAAGUUGACAACACAAACGUUUGGUUUAUCUCCAGUGUCCACCGGAUACAGCUGAAUUGCUUUGUGGUUGUGCUUCGGCUCAAUCAUGGCCACAUGUUUCAGAGGUGGGAUGUCUGUUCUUCAGCAACCACAGUUCUGAUACAGUUACAAUAUAACACACUUGCAUUUCUCAUUUCGAUGGAUGGAGAGAGGUUUGUGGUGCUACGUGAAGUAUUUACUACCCGAUGUCUUUUUUACCUGAGUGGUCAUAACAUUGUGUCCUAGCCUACGUCCACUUUAAAGCGCACAAACUCUACAUUUUGGGCCUUCCAGGUUAUUUUCUAGAGAAGUGGAUUGGAGGUGGUGUGUGAUUAAACCUCAACCAUCAACCUUUUUUUUAACACUCAUAAAUGUCAGUGUAGAUAAUCACACAG